AUGGCAUCUGUUGAGCUGCGUGAGGAGCUGAGCUGCUCCGUCUGCCUGAACAUUUAUACGGAGCCGGUGUCGCUGAGGUGCGGACACAACUUCUGCCGGGUUUGCAUUGAAAGCGUUCUGGAAGUGCAGAAAGAUUUGGGCGGCUACUCGUGUCCCGAGUGCAGGGAGGAGUAUGCAGAGCGUCCCCGCAUGGAGAAGAACAGGAAGUUGUGUAACAUAGCAAAACAUUUCCUCGCUCCUCAAACACAGCUGGAGGGGUCUGGGGUCGCCUGUACUUACUGUGCGCACGCUCCCACCCUAGCCGCCAAGACGUGUCUUCAGUGCGAGACCUCCUUGUGUCACGUUCACCUGAGUAUCCACAACAGCACCGUGGACCACGUCCUGAUCGAGCCCACCGUUUCCCUGGCCAGCAGGAAAUGUCAGACCCACAACAAGCUCCUGGAAUACCACUGCUGCGAAGACGCUUCCUGCAUUUGCGCUUCAUGCUUUGCCGUAGGAUCCCACCGAACGCACGAGGUGGAGACACUGGAUGGGGCCACGAAGAAGAAGAAGGAGAAGCUUAGAAAAGUCCUGGAUAUACUAACUUCCCAGGUGGGAGACAUUGAGAAACAAGUCCACAAGCUACUGGAUCGCCAAGCCAAUGAGCGAAAAAAGUCCACCGACGUUAAAAAGAGAGUCGCGUCUAUGUUUGAAGACGCCAGGAAACAGCUGGAUGAAAAGGAAGCCUGGGUCAUGGAUGUCAUCUCUGAACAGGAAGACAAAAUAGGAUCCAAAGUCUCGCAUCUGAUCCAGGAGCUGGAGACCCAAAAAGAGUCGAAGUUCGAGAAGAUGCGUCAUCUUGAGGUGCUGUGCAAGAUGGCCGACCCAUUGAUCGUCUUGCAAGACAAGAAAACGGACGGCAAAGACUUUGCUGGUCUUAAGGAACCCGGUGUUGCAGAGAAGGCGGUUGAGGAAGAGGGCAGCUUGGAAAUGAGGUGCGAGGAAGGUCUGAUCACGGCGACCUUGUACUGGGUCGUAUCUGAUUUUGUGUCCAAAGUGGAGAAAACAUUUUAUAUGCCGAAGGCCGUGGAUCUAUUGCUGGAUUCUGACACGGCUGUCAACAAUGUCCUCAUCUCAGGAGAUCAAAAGGUUGCUUCUUGGGCGGCUGAUGGCCUCAAUCGAUCUGUCAGUUCAAAACGUUUCGUAUCUUAUUGCCAAGUGUUCACCAAGAAUUCUUUCUCUAAUGGUCGGCAUUACUGGGAAGUGGACACCAGUAAAUCAUUCUAUUGGAUGGUGGGCAUGGCAUAUGCGUCCAUACCCCGCGAGGGCUCAAAGUCGAAAAUUGGAUACAAUAAACAUUCCUGGUGCUUGAACAGGGCACAGAAUGGCUAUCUUGUGAUUCAUGACUCGCUGACAACCACUCUUAAUCCCAAAUCCGACAUUCGGAGAUUGGGAAUCUACCUGGAUUACAAUGCUGGUUAUCUGUCCUUCUACCAGCUGUGUGACUCAGUCCAACUCCUGUGGACCUUCCAUUCCACCUUCACUGAACCUCUACACCCUGCGUUUGUGGUAUGGAAGGAUGGCUGGAUCAGGCUUAAUAGCUAG